CUCUUUGCAUUCUAUCUUGGUUCACUCACGUUUGUGAUGUUUUUUGAAUAAAAUGACAUAAUCGUUAAAAAAAUCUUUAGUUCUUAGUAAAUAUUGUGAUUUAUGAAAGAAAAGUUCAUCAAUUUACAGAUAUUCUAAAAACUUUCAUAAUGUCGAGUAAUGAAAAACCAAAUGUUGAAAAACCUGGUGAUGGAAUCCGUUCUAUGAGAUCAAGUACAGCAUUUAGAGUUGUUAAUUUUGAGCUGUAUGCUAAGCCAAACAUUGUUAUCAUGAGUAUAGGCCUCACAUGCUUUGGCCUUACUUUAGGUUACAUUGCAUACAUGAGGCAUAAAUAUGAAUCUUUGGGAUACUAUGCAGCGGUUGAUAAGGAUGGGAAAGAAAUAUUUGAAAAGAAGAAAUCUAAAUGGGAUUAAUAUUAAUGAAUGUUAAAAUAUGUUGAAAUAUAAGUGUAAUGUCAAGAAUUUUGUUAGUAAAUAAAUUAUUUGCACCACAAA